GGUGGCGGCGGCGAGAGUAUGGUGCGCGCGUUUUUGAUCACAGUGCGGAUUCGGCGCGCUGGUGGCCCGCCGCGAGUGAGGGCUUUUGUGGUGCGGAUCACGCGGCCCGCGGGUGAGUGGGCAGAGCCGGGUGUGCGGGCCGCUGCGGCCCUGGUGUUAAAGCUAGUGAGGAGCCGUCGCAGACCGCAGCAGCCGCAUCCUAGAGGAGCAGGUCAUGAUGAUGGGCAGCACCCGGGUGGCCGAGCUGCUGCUGUGCCACGGCGCGGAGCCCAACUGCGCCGACCCUACCACCCUCACCCGACCUGUGCACGACGCGGCGCGGGAGGGUUUCCUGGACACGCUCGUGGUGCUGCACCGAGCCGGCGCGCGGCUGGACGUGCGCGAUGCCUGGGGCCGCCUGCCCGUGGACCUGGCUGAGGAGCGGGGCCACCGCGCUGUCGCCGGGUACCUGCGCGCAGCCGCGGGGGGCACCGAAGGUGGUAGCCACACCCUUACGGAAGUUGCGGAAGGUCCCGGCAGACAGCCCGGACUUAAAGAAUGACUGAGAUCUAAAGACACCUCAAACUAGUUUGAUCUUCAGUCAACAAGUGAAUUACCCCACCCCACCCAACUCCUGCCUGCCUUCUAAGUUGCCAUUUAUCAAAUAACGCUUUUUAACACUGUAGACUGCUUUAUAUACAUCUGCCGUCGCCUUCCCCUAAAUUUCCAUUUGUAUGUCCAUUUAUACAUUAUUAUAAAAGGUAAAAAAAA